UUUUACAAAAGUACUUUAAAUUCUUUACGUAUUUGAAAAAAUUAUGUUUAAAUUUUUAUUUUAUUUCAACAUAUUAAUAUUAAUAGCUCAAUAUGAGGCAAAAACGUUUAAAAGGGGUCGUUUGAAUGACAACAGUCUUAAAGAUGAGACACCUUGGCAAAAUCUGUGGUUUCCCCAUCCACCAAAUUAUCAGAACAACGUAAAACCCGAAACAGUCAAUGUGGCAGCAGCGACAGCUACAUCAAGUGAAGAAUAUUCCUCAGAAACUAAAAAUUCGACUGGCUGGCCGGGUUUAUGGUUCCCGCAUCCGCCAGGUUAUCAAAAUGAAGUGAAAGUUAAGGAGAAUAUUGUGAAACCCAAAGAAAAUGUUAAUAAAAAACAUGAAUGUGAUAAUGGGAAGAACGACUUGGAUGUCGAUUUUGAUCCACAAGAUAAACGACACUCUUACAAUUACCUGUGCCUGGAUAAAAGAUCGAAAUAUUCUCCAAAUUUAAAUACUAGUUCUAUCAUAAAAGAAUAUGUUAUACCUGCUGCCUAUGAACCAGCGGUUAGAUGUUUAAAUGAAACCAUUGAGUACAGCGAGCCUUUACCAACUUUUGGUUCUUAUCGUCCUUUGGCUCCUAAAUUCGGCAGCUAUCAAUACCUACCACCUCAACGUUGGCUUCAUAGUUUAGCCGAUGGUGCUAUCGUAUUACUUUAUCAUCCCUGUGCCUUUGCCGGACAAAUAGUUCAAUUACAAAACACAUUAAAAGGCUGUUUAUACCGACAUAUCAUUACACCAUCCCAACAGUUGACACCACAACGUCCUUUUGCUCUUUUGGCCUGGGGUAAAAGUUUGCAAAUGUCUGUUGUGGACGAUGUUAUUGUGGUGAAAUUUAUCAAAGACAAUGCCAAACUCGGCUUUAGACAGAAGCAGCAGAAACUGAAAUUAUCUUCAAAAAUAUAUGAAGCCGGUUUAUUGACUGAAGCACAUUUGGUAACGGAUGAGCAGGAUAAAGAGAUUUGUGGCUACAAAGAAAUGAGAUGAAAUAUAUCCUGAGAUUUCAUACCACAUGUAUAAUUUGUUAUUUGUUAAAAUAUUAAUAUUUAGUAAGUUAUGAUUGUAUAAUAAAAUAUAGAUAAAUAAAAAUAUGGAUUUUGUACAAAUUUGUAUUUGUUGCGAAAAAAAAUCAAAUAUCAAUCAGAAUUAAAA